AUGGGCACAGUCAAGAUUCUCGCAAUAGCGCUUUCUGCUGCGUUUCUUUUACUUGAUCCCAUGACCAAGGCUGUCCCAGACCCACCUCAACGCUCACUUUGCAUGCCCCAGUAUUCUCUAGUGAACCAUGCAUGUUCAGUGAUUCUAGGCUACUCAUUGCCAAGCCACCCUCUUACCUCCGAUGACGGGCACGGGCACGGGCACGGGCACGGGCACGGGAAUGGCCAUGGUCACAGUCAUGGGCGGCGCAGACACAGGCAUAGACAAAGGCAUGGUGGCAGUCACAAUGGAUCAUCUUCAGAAGACAAUUGCUGCAAAUGGUUGAAAGAAUUAGAUGAAGAGUGUGUCUGCGAUGUGCUAUAUCGCCUGCCCCCUUUCCUCUCGAAGCCUACACACACGUACACUGUCUCUGUUGCUGAGGCAUGCAAUGUUACUUACAGUUGUGACAUGCAUUUGUAA